AUGGCGCCCCCUACUGUGAAAAGGACUACCAGGGGCUCUUUGGAGUGAAAUGUGAAGCCUGUCACCAGUUUAUCACAGGGAAAGUCCUGGAGGCAGGUGACAAACAUUACCACCCCAGCUGUGCACGAUGCAGCAGAUGCCAUCAGAUGUUCACAGAAGGAGAGGAAAUGUAUCUUCAAGGUUCCACCGUUUGGCAUCCCGACUGUAAGCAGUCUACUAAGACAGAGGAAAAACUACGGCCUACCAGGACUUCCUCUGAAAGUAUUUAUUCUAGACCAGGCUCCAGUAUCCCUGGCUCACCAGGUCACACUAUCUAUGCAAAAGUAGACAAUGAAAUCCUGGAUUACAAGGAUUUAGCGGCUAUUCCCAAGGUCAAGGCGAUUUAUGAUAUUGAACGUCCAGAUCUUAUUACCUAUGAGCCUUUCUACACCUCGGGCUAUGAUGACAAGCAGGAGAGACAGAGCCUUGGAGAGUCUCCAAGGACUUUGUCUCCUACUCCAUCAGCAGAAGGGUACCAGGACACACGGGAUCGGGUGAUCCACCGGUCCACGAGCCAGGGCUCCAUCAGCUCGCCUGUGUACAACCGCCACAGCUACACUCCAACCACGUCACGCUCGCCCCAGCAUUUCCACAGACCUGAUCAAGGGAUCAACAUUUACCGAAAACCACCCAUCUACAAGCAGCAUGCUGCUUUGGCAGCCCAGAGCAAGUCUUCAGAGGAUAUCAUCAAGUUUUCCAAGUUCCCAGCAGCCCAGGCUCCAGACCCCAGCGAGAUACCAAAGAUUGAGACGGACCACUGGCCUGGUCCCCCUUCACUUGCCGCCAUAGGAACUGACAUGAGACGCAGAUCUAGCGGCAGAGAGGAAGAUGAGGAGGAACUUCUGAGACGCCGUCAGCUUCAAGAAGAACAAUUAAUGAAGCUUAACUCAGGCCUUGGGCAGUUGAUAUUGAAAGAAGAGAUGGAGAAGGGGAGUUGGGACAGGGCGUCCCUGCCAGGCAGUCGCUAUGAUUCUCCCAUCAACUCAGCUUCACAUGCUCCAUCAUCUAAAACCUCAUCUCUCCCUGGCUAUGGGAAAAAUGGGCUGCACCGGCAUGUUUCCACGGACUUCGCCCAGUAUAACAGCUACGGGGAUGUCAGCGGGGGAGUGCGAGACUACCAGACCCUCCCGGACGGCCACAUGCCCGUGAUGAGAAUGGACCGAGGCGUGUCUAUGCCCAACAUGUUGGAACCAAAGAUAUUUCCAUAUGAGAUGCUCAUGGUGACCAACAGAGGGCGCAACAAAAUCCUAAGAGAUGUGGACAGAACCAGGCUGGAGCGCCACUUAGCCCCUGAAGUGUUUCAGGAAAUCUUUGGAAUGUCCAUACAGGAGUUUGACAAGUUACCUCUUUGGAGACGCAACGACAUGAAGAAAAAGGCAAAACUCUUCUAGAUCCCACAUGUAAACAGAAAUUAGAAAAAGAACUGACGCUGGCGGUGAUGCAUAGGAUGUCGUAUUGAGGCCCAAACUUGAUUGGAGAAUUUGCAAACUACCAUCCCUCAGCAACAGCAAAAAGGGAAAGUCUGGGUAAAGCACCCGUGAGCCAAACAUUGGGCCAACCAAGAGUGACACUUGCCAAGAAGCAAUGGGGUAUAAAUGUCUGUGUUCCCAAACUCAACAGUGGUGUCCACAUGUGACCUUUUCACAUGACCUGAUGUAUACGACAGGAGCUACUUUCUUUCUUCCUUUGUUUUCCUUUAACUGUUGUCCAACAAUAGAGCUGACUGUACGGAAAAGAGCCAGCAAGUGCCCUUAGGAUGCCACAUGGGAAAGAUCAGUUGUAAUAAUUCUGAAGUCUGAGUAGAUUUAUCAGGCAGCACUGUGGCUGAGAAGGAAGAGUCUGGGGUCACCUCCGGUGGCAGCCACAGGCCUUCACUCUGCAGGAAUGGAAGCCAGCCAGGGGAGCGGGCGGCUCUGCAGGGAUGGGCUGAAUAUCAGUGAAAACCAUUGGUAGAUGGCUCCUUGUUCUCUACUGCUGGAUGGGACCUGAUUGGCAAAUCACUUAGCUAUCAUUACAGUUUGGGGGAAACAGAAGGAAAAGGCAUGAAAGGAAACCCUUCCUUAUCUCUUCCUGCUUCAGACAGUGUGCUUAAUUCUUCCUCCCCACCAAGGAUGGGAGCUGUCUUGGGCUCCACAACUGCAAAGAAAUGAAAGACAAAAAUUGUCUUGAUUGUCCCCAUUGCAUGCUGUUAGGUGAUUUUUGCCCCGGGGGCCAUACCACUCUUGGCAAAAAAAAAGUUCCAUGGCCUACCAAGGCAAGUUUUUCCACUUAGCAUCCUCUGCCCUCUAUCCGGCAUCCUAUGAAUCAGAUCGAGCCCACACUGGUUUUGUUUUUUAAGGUCUUUUCAGUAAUAGGCUAAGGAAAGGCACGUUUUUCUCUUUUAUAUUUCUGCAACUCCAAAGCCAAUUCCUUCAAACAGAUUUACUUUGGCCUUUUCAGCUUUCCUUCUUGCCUAGCACCGUUGACUUCAUGAUUUGUGUGUAUGUGUUUUCAACUCACCCAGAGUAGUUUUAUGAGUCUGCAUGUGCUUUUUAAUUUCUGCUUGAAUGUUUGUCCCACUGUACUGCAGGUUCCAAGGGACAUUUGCCCAAGUGCACGUGACUCAAAGGUGAAGAGUGAGGCUAAUCUUCCAACUUCCCCUCCUUCGUGGAUGGGUGCUGGUGCCUAGAAGCCAGCUCACCCCAUGUGCUCAUGUAGCUCACGGCAGUAUCAGACUGAAGACCACAGAGGUAGGAUCGGGCUGGGGAGAGGUCAGAGCCUCUCAUCAGAAUCCUCAAACCCUGCAGCACUAGAUUCAAAUUUGAGCCUGUUUCACCAAAACAUGCAUGUAAGACCACAUCAUGAUUCCUGAUAAGAGUCAGAUGAGGGAGAGUCUCUCCAACUUCACACACAGGAGGUUAAGUCACAUUUAUUCUCAUUGCUCUGGAGCUCUGCUGAGGAAUUUAAGCUCUGUUUUUAAAGCCAAAGGAGAAAGCUGAAUUCAGCUGCAUAUGCCGCUGAGAACAAAAGCUCAGAAACUCUUCCUGCUGGCACCAAGUCCUAGACUACUAGCUGUCUAUCUAACACCAAUGGUAAAAAGCAAGUAGAAUAGUUUCUGAACCCACA